CCGUGCGGUUUCAAGAAUAUCGGCCCAUUGGCAAUCUCACUACCUAUCCACCUCUGCUAGCAGUAAUCUUUAAACGUAGCUAAUUUCUUGAGAGGUCAGCACCAUGUCGCGAUUCUGCCACAUCAGAGGCCACACGUAAAAUCUAGCAAGUCUAGUUAUUGACUGCUCAUAGGUGAAUUAAUGUCACGAAAUAAUAUUGUUUGCUCUGGCACAUCUUAUUGAAGGAGUCAGUCGAAAGGAAAGGAAGGAAGGAAUAUUAUUUGCUCAUGGAAAAAUAUAAGAAAAUAUUGAAAGAAAAAUGUCUAAACAUCCACAUCCGAUUUUAUUAAAAGCUGACAGUGCUUCAAAAACGUCCAUUAUUCACAUUUCCAAAAACGAGUUUAAAAUAGGAAGAGCGCGGGGAAAUGACAAGAUAAUAACAGAUAUUUUAGUAUCUCGGAAGCACUGUGUGUUUAAACGUACAGAUGUUGGAAAAUGGACUAUUACUGACACAAGCUCUAGUUGUACUAUGGUCAAUGGUACUCCUAUACCACGCAAUAUGCCACAAUCAAUUAAGGUGGGAGAUAUCAUACAGUUUAGUCUGUCUAAGGAACAUAGAUAUAUUUAUACCUGCUCUGCUGAGGAUAAUCAACUAAGUAAAAUAAAGCUGCCAGAGCUAUCAGAGAAACUGGAUACGACAAGGCUCUGUAAUACUUUACAAAAAGAGACAAACUGCCCCCAAGAGUUAGAUGUCCCAGACAAUAAACAAGGGAAUGCUUUUGAUAAAGUUAACGAUAUAAUGGAGGCAGAACUUACAUGCAGUGUCUGUUCUGAAUUAUUUGUAAGAGCUAUGACAUUAAACUGUAUGCAUACUUUUUGCCAAAGAUGCAUAGAAGCCUGGAAAAAGAAAAGCAAUGAAUGUCCUGUAUGUAGAACACCAGUAACCUCUAUGAUUCGUUCUUUAGUUUUAGAUAAUUUUAUUGAUAAAAUGACAAAUAGUGUUUUAACGCCAUAUGAAACUCAAAAGAAACAAGGUACUUAAGGACAUUUAGUAAAAAAAAAAUAUAAUUUAUUUGUGAUCUCAGAAUCUAAGAUUAUUUUGGAAAUAUGUUUAGCGAUUAAAAAAAAAUGAACAUUAACAGAAUCCAAUAUGCCAUACAGUUAUUUAUGUUAAAAUAUAACUUUAUAUAAUAAAGUGUGACUACACAGUCUAAUAAAAACAGAGUUAUCCUUUAGUAAAUUCAAUUAUUUAAUUAAACAUUGAUAUGUAGUCACAUUCGAUAUAUGUAUAUAGCCACAAAUGUCAGUAGUUGCCGUGCUGUUGAAAAGAUGCCUCCAGUAGUCAUUGAAUGUUCGAAUUUUCAUGUUACGGCAAUUUCUAGAAUUAAAUUAACUGCAUCCAACCAAGUAGAUUUAAGAUUCAAAGAUCAAGAAGCACCCAUAAGAAUUAGUAAAAGAUCUGUAAUUAUCCUGGAUCAAUCCGUAAAAUGAUAACAUUACAAUAAGGAAAA